UCAUAUGAUAUUUUCUUUCAAACAACUUAUAAUUUGAUAUAUUUCAAAUUAAGUUGAGGGAAAAUUAAUCAUUAAACAUGGCAAAAAUCUCCUUUGUACUUCUCGUCGUCGCCCUUAUUGUCUUUCUAUAUGUAUCUGAGGCUCAUCGUUCGAUAAAUUCCAACGAACUAGUACUUGAAAACAACCUGAAUAAAGCUAAGGGCUUGAUCGAAGAAGACUUGAAGAAAAAGGAAAAGAACAUUAACAAGUUGGAAACCGAUGUGAGUAUAUUAAGCAAAUCUGAGAUAAUUCUGAAGGAUCUCGAAGAAGCUUACAAAAAUGGUAAGAGUAUAGAGCCUUUCAGGAAAGAUAUCAAGAGACUCAACAAAGAGGUCAAGCAGGAGCCAGAGGAACUGAGAUACGUAACCAUAAUUAAAUGCAUUUUGAAGGAUUUGGGAUUAAACGGAGGGGAAUGUUAAAACAAGAAUUAGGGUUUGAUAAUUGUUUCGAUGCGUUUAAAGGAGGUUUCAAAAUGCCCCAUGGAGUUUGGCUUUACAAAUGAGAGGAGUAAAUAAUUUGCUCAGAGUAUUUAUUUA